AUGGCGACUUUACACAGAGUGAAGGUUGAAGACGAGGCUAAGCAAGCAGCGGUGGAAGAGGUGGCAAAACUUCUGCGGCUUCCGGAGCAUCUCCAAUCCAUCCCGUCUCUUAAGGCUCGUUACGUUUGCCGUCUACAGGCUAAUGAUGCACUGCUUAACACAAUGGUUGCAGAGCAGGUUGAGCAAGCGCAGGCUGCAUUGGAAUCACUUGACUUAUCCCAGAAGACGUUGAACUGGCUUCGUGAAAACUUGGUCUCUAUUCAAACGUUUUGUCAGGAAUGCCGAACGUUAAUUGAAAACCAUGACCAGAUAAAGCUGCUUAGCAAUGCAAGAAAUAAUUUAAACACAACGCUGAAGGAUAUUGAAGGUAUGAUGUCUAUUUCCGUUGAGGCAGCAGAGGCUAGGGACUCUUUGGGUGAUGCUAAAGAAAUUGUCAAUACAUACGAGAGGUUAAUAAUCUUGGAUGGCAAGCGGAGGUUUGCAUUAGCAGCUGCAAAUCCUCGCAAGGAAGAUGUUGACAGAUUAAGAGAAUAUUUUGAAGAAGUAGAUCAAACUUGGGAGACCUUUGAGAAGACAUUAUGGGGCCAUAUUUCCAGUUUCUAUAAACUUUCUAAAGAAAGCCCUCAAACUCUGGUCCGUGCUAUAAGGGUUGUUGAAAUGCAAGAAAUCCUUGAUCAACAGAUUGCUGAGCAAGCAACUGAAAUUCAUGGGGAUGGUGCAAUGGAAUCAAUUGCAGAUCCACGAAAACUGGCCACAAAAUCUGCCAGUAUUAAAAAUUUAGCGCAUCCAAAUCUGAAGGUGGGCAAAGGCUAUAAGGAUAAGUGCUAUGAACAAAUACAGAAAGCUGUAGAGGAGCGGUUUAACAAGCUUCUUACUGAGCUUGUUUUUGAGGACGUGAAAGCAGCUCUAGUUGAAGCACGAAAGAUUCAAGAGGAACUUAGAGAUGUCUAUGAAUAUGUAGCCCCUUGCUUUCCCCCGAGAUAUAAAAUAUUUCAGCUAAUGGUAAAUCUGUACUCAGAGAGGUUUACUCAAAUGCUGUGGUUGCUUAGUGACAGGGCAAAUGAUUUUGCAAACAUUGAGAUAUUAAAGGUGAUCAGUUGGGUCGUUGAAUAUCAAGAUACUCUGAUUGGGCUAGGUGUCGAUGAGUCUCUGGUUCAACUUUGUUCUGAAAGUGGUGCCACGGAUCCCCUUAUGAACACAUAUGUUGAAAGAAUGCAAGCUACAACCAGGAGAUGGUACAUGAACAUCUUGGAGGCUGAUAAAACACAGCGCCCAAAGGAAACAAAAGAUGGAAAGCUAUAUACCCCCGCAGCUGUUGAUCUGUUCAGUAUGCUUGAAGAGCAAGUGCAAAUUGUUCAAGAUAAUAGUUCUGAUGUCAUGUUAUACAGAAUUGCCUUGGCAACCAUACAGGUGUUGAUUGGUUUCCAAGCAGCUGAAAAGAAGGGACUUGAAAUUGAUCUAGAAGCUUUACUUGCAAUGACAAACAACAACUUGCGCUGUUAUGAUCUUGCAAUGGAGCUGAGUAAUACCAUUAUUGAAGCUCUUCCACAAAAGUUUGCUGAGCAGGUUAAUUUCGAAGAUGCCUAUAAGGGAUUUCUAGAUGUUGCUAAGGAAGCUGUGCAUUUAACUGCGUGUGUGUUUUUUGAAGAUCCCAGUGUCCAGGAGGAGUUGGCAAAGCUAUACCAGACAGAAUGGAGCGAGGGACUAGUAACUGAGUGCGUAGUGGAAUUACUUGAUGAUUAUUUUUCAGUAGUUAAAAGGUACAUUGAUGAAAGAUCUUUUAGAGAAUGUGUUGAAGCCUGCCUUAAGGAAACAGUGAUCGUAUAUAUUGAUCAUCUUCUAACACAGAAAAGCAACAUUACAGGAAAAACAAUUGAAAGGAUGAGGCUAGAUGAAGAGGUUAUCAUGAGCUUUUUUAGGAAAUAUACAAGUGUUUUUAAAGUUGAAAGCAGAUUGAGGAUACUCAGCGACUUGAGGGAACUUGCUUCCGCUGAGAGUUUGGAUGCCUUCAGCCUCAUCUAUUCAAAUAUUCUUGAACACCAACCAGACUGCCCGGCUGAAGUUGUUGAAAAGCUUGUUGGUAUGCGAGAAGACAUUCCUCGGAAGGAUGCCAAGGAGGUCGUACAAGUUUGCAAGGAGAUAUAUGAGAAUUCCCUUGUUGAUGGAAGAACUCCAAAGACUGGAUUUGUUUUCCCACGAGUCAAGUGCCUAAAUAAUGCAUCAUCAAAAUCGAUAUGGCCUAAACUCACUUAAAUCAAAUCAAUUAAACUAUAUAAGGAAGAAAUCAAACGAUAUGACAUUAUUCACUAAUUCUGUUUUGCCUUAUACUAAUUUAUUUGCUAUUCUUUCGCAUAUCAAAUAUUCCGUUUGGAUGGAAGAA